UUUCAGCUUUUGAUUAGACAAACUUAAGUGGCCAAGUGGGACACUUCAAUCAGUGGGGUUGGUUUUGAGCUCUUCCUCACAUGUAGGUGGUUAUAUAUGGGGGUUUUUUUCAGUAGCUGCAGAAGUUGACGGAGCAGUUCCCAUACAAUGGCUUCCUUUGAGAGAGCACUUGGAGGACUCUCUUGGAUUUGUGAAGGUGAAUUUGAUUUCAUCAGUUCUACUUGCAUUCAGGGGACUGUCAUUGAUUUACUCAACAUUCUAUUCCUCCUUGCAUUCUAUUUAUGUUUGUUCAUAGUUUAUAUAACAAAGCGUAACUAUAGUAGUAGGUUCAGUAAAAGGGACUGGGUCACUAUAGCUAUCUCAAUCUGCUCUGCUCUUAUUAGCAUUGCAUAUUUCGGCUCCAGUUUAUGGGAUCUGAUAGCCCAAAAUGGAGGAUUUAGUAGUUGGAGCUGGGUGGUGAACUUAUUUAGGGGACUAAUUUGGAUCUCUUUGACAGUUUCCUUGCUAGUACAAGGAUCCAAAUUGGUCAAAAUUCUGGCUUCAGUUUGGUGGGUGUUGUUCUUUCUAUUUAUUUCGGUUAUAAAUACCGAGGUUUUGAUAAGAACACACUACAAACCAAUCUUGGACAUGGUAGCAUGGCCUGUGAACUUGCUGCUUCUCUUUUGUGCUUUGAGGAAUUUCAGUCUCUUCCUUUGUCAACCUUCCUCAGAAAAGAGCUUAUCAGAACCUCUACUAGUUGAGGAGACUCAGAAAUACCAUAGUAAAAUCAACCAAGCUAGUUUUCUUAGUAAAAUAACAUUUUCCUGGGUUGAUCAUUUACUUAAAUUGGGUUACUCUAAGAUUUUAGCUCUUGAAGACAUCCCUUGCCUGGUCCCUGAGGAUGAAUCAGAUUUGGCCUAUGAGAAAUUUGCUCAUGUUUGGGAUUUACUUCAAAGUGAGAAGAGGUCAAACAACGCUGGAUAUUUGGUUUUUUGGGCAUUAGUUAAAGUGCAUAUGAAAGAAAUGGUCUAUGAAGGAAUUUGUGCAUUUCUUAGGGCAUUGUGUGUGGUUGUUGCUCCCUUGUUACUCUACGCCUUUGUUAAUUAUACGAAUCGGGACACAGAAAGUAUACAUGAAGGUCUCUUCUUAGUGGGGUACUUAGUUGUUGUCAAAGUGGUCGAGUCUCUGUCUCAGCGACAUUUCUUUUUCAAUGCAAGGAGGACUGGGAUGAAGAUGAGAUCAGCUUUAAUGGUGGCAGUUUAUCGAAAGCAACUAAAUCUUUCUAGUUUAGGAAGGCAAAGGCAUUCAACCGGAGAGAUUAUGAACUACAUCGCUGUUGAUGCUUAUCGAAUGGGGGAAUUUCCUGUGUGGUUUCACUUGGGAUGGACCUUUUCUCUCCAGCUAUUUCUAGCUGUAAUUGUCCUGUUUGGGGUUGUGGGUCUUGGCGCUCUUCCUGGUUUAGUCCCUCUUCUUAUCUGUGGGUUUCUUAAUGUUCCAUUUGCGAAGCUUCUUCAGAAGUGUCAGUUCCAAUUUAUGAUAGCACAAGACCAGCGACUUAGGUCCAUGUCUGAGAUCCUUAACAGUAUGAAAAUAAUCAAGUUACAGUCAUGGGAAGAUAAGUUCAAGAAAUUGAUUGAUUCCUACAGAGAAAAUGAAUUCAAGUGGUUGGCGGAAACUCAGUAUAGCAAGUCUUAUGGCACUGCCUUGUACUGGAUGUCUCCUACUCUUGUUUCUUCAGUUGUCUUCUUUGGUUGUGCCGUUUUUGGGAGUGCCCCCUUAGAUGCUGCCACUAUUUUCACUGUCUUGGCAACGUUGCGUAGUAUGUCAGAACCUGUCAGAAUGAUACCAGAGACUCUUUCUGCAAUGAUUCAGGUCAAGGUCUCUUUUGACCGUAUUGAUUCCUUUCUGCUUGCUGAUGAAUUCAAAAAGGAGAAAUUGACGACAGUUCCCUUGCAGUACUCUGCUAUGUGUAUUAAGAUACAGUCUGGCAAAUUCCAUUGGAACCCCAAAUCUGCAAUUCCAACUCUUCGAGAUAUUGAUUUGGAAGUGAGAUGGGGGCAGAAAAUUGCAGUUUGUGGGCCAGUUGGGGCUGGGAAAUCAUCGGUUUUAUAUGCUAUACUCGGUGAAAUACCCAGGAGUUCAGGAAAUGUUACUGUAGUCGGAUCCAUUGCUUAUGUUUCUCAAGCUUCUUGGAUUCAGAGUGGGACAAUACGUGAUAACAUACUCUAUGGAAAGCCAAUGGAGAAAACGAAAUACGAGAAAGCUAUCAAAGCAUGUGCCCUGGACAAAGACAUUCAAAAUUUUGACCAUGGGGAUCUCACUGAGAUUGGUCAGAGAGGGCUGAACAUGAGUGGAGGACAAAAACAAAGAAUCCAACUUGCACGAGCUGUCUACAGUGAUGCUGAUAUAUAUCUCCUUGACGACCCUUUUAGUGCAGUUGAUGCACAUACAGCAGCAACUCUUUUCAAUGACUGUGUUAUGGCAGCCUUGCAGAAGAAGACCGUGAUUCUAGUAACUCAUCAAGUGGAGUUUCUCUCUCAAGUGCACGAAAUUCUGGUCAUUCAAGGUGGAGAAGUUACUCAGUCAGGAAGCUACGAGGAACUCUUGACGACAGGGACAGCAUUUGAACAGCUUGUGAAUGCUCACAGAAAUGCAGCUAUGGCUAUGGAUCCUGAAAUUAAUGAAAAUACCAAAAACUCCUCGAAGGAAAACAAUGGUCGGGUGGAAGAGACUAAAGGGCUUUACCUUACUAAAGAAAUUAGCGAGGAGGAUAUUUCUGUCAGAGGUCUGCCUGGUGUACAGCUUACAGAAGAAGAAGAAAAGGAAAUUGGCAAUGUUGGGUGGAAGCCAAUUUUUGAUUAUAUCAUCAUCUCAAAGGGUUUACUUUUUCUCUCUUUGAGCAUACUAGCCCAAAUUGGUUUUCUAACUCUUCAGGCUGCCUCAAGUUAUUGGUUAGCAUUUGCCAUUCAAAUACCUAAUAUUAGCAGCGGCAUGUUAAUUGGAGUUUACACCAUAAUUUCAACAAUAAGUGCUGUCUUUGUGUAUCUGAGGUCUUAUUUAUCUGCUCUUCUGGGAUUAAAAGCUUCUAAAUCCUUCUUCUCAACCUUCAUCAACUCCAUUUUCAAUGCCCCCAUGCAGUUUUUUGAUUCUACCCCGGUCGGUCGGAUUUUGACCAGAGCUUCAUCUGAUUUGAGCACAUUGGAUUUUGACAUACCUUUCUCCAUUGCCUUUGUUUAUACUCCUGCACUUGAGAUUCUAAUUACUGUCAUCAUUAUGGCCUCUGUAACAUGGCAAGUUCUCAUUGUAGCAGCGUUUGGUACAGUGGCUUCAAGUUAUGUUCAGGGAUAUUAUUUAGCUUCUGCAAGGGAACUGAUGCGAAUCAACGGAACAACAAAAGCUCCCGUCAUGAAUUAUGCAGCAGAGACAUCACUUGGAGUGGUAACCAUAAGAGCAUUCAACAUGGCAGAGAGGUUCUUCCAGAACUACCUAAAGCUCAUCGACACAGAUGCAAAACUUUUCCUUUACUCCAAUGCAUCCUUGGAGUGGUUAAUUUUAAGAGUGGAAGCACUUCAAAAUCUGACUUUAUUCACCGCUGCGUUCCUCUUGAUUUUUCUUCCAAAGGGGGGUAUAGCUCCAGGUCUUGUUGGACUUUCCCUUUCUUAUGCUCUGGCUCUGACUCUUUCCCAAGUGUUUUUUACUCGAUGGUACAGCAGCCUUUGUAAUUACAUCAUCUCGGUUGAACGGAUCAAACAGUUCAUGAACAUACCUCCUGAGCCUCCGGCAAUUGUGGAGGACAAAAGGCCACCAUUUUCAUGGCCUUCUGAAGGGACGAUAGAGUUACAGGAUCUAAAGAUAAGAUACAGGCAAAAUUCUCCGUUAGUUCUCAAGGGAAUCACUUGCACUUUCAGAGGAGGGGCCAGAGUAGGAGUUGUUGGAAGGACCGGAAGUGGCAAAACAACCCUCAUAAGUGCUUUAUUUCGCUUGGUAGAGCCGGAAAGUGGGAACAUUCUUAUUGAUGGGCUUGACAUUAGCACUAUAGGUCUCAAGGAUCUGAGAAUGAAACUCAGCAUCAUUCCUCAGGAGCCAACACUUUUCAGGGGAAGUGUUCGAACAAACUUGGAUCCUUUAGGCCUUUAUUCUGAUGAUGAGAUAUGGAAGGCUCUAGAGAAGUGCCAACUCAAGGCUACCAUCAGCAGUCUUCCCAACUUACUAGAUUCUUCAGGCGAUGAUGAAGGUGAGAACUGGAGCGCAGGGCAACGACAGCUCUUCUGUCUUGGGAGAGUCCUUCUGAAAAGAAAUAGAAUUCUAGUUCUAGAUGAAGCUACCGCCUCCAUUGACUCCGCGACUGAUGCAAUUCUACAGACCAUUAUUAGGGAGGAAUUCUCAGGUUGCACUGUGAUAACUGUAGCUCACAGAGUUCCAACAGUCAUCGACAGCGACAUGGUCAUGGUUCUUUCUUUCGGGAAACUGAUUGAAUAUGAUGAGCCUUCAAAGCUUUUGGAAUCCGAUUCAUCGUUUUCUAAGCUUGUAGCCGAAUAUUGGUCCAGCCGCAGGAACUAACUCUAUGUAGAGUUUUCAUGUUCAUUACUGGAGAAUAUGAAAGAAAACUGCCAUGAGAAGAAGAAGAAGAAAGAGACCACUAGUAUGGAGAGGUAGUAGUUAACCAUCAGUGAGUCCACCGAGGUUACUAAGUCGGCCGCUUUGCAGGGUGCUAUUUGGGAGCAUCCUCCAUUCCCGGUUACUAGUAGGAUAAGUAUGGAGUAUUCCUUGGACUGAAAAUAGAGAUCUUAUUUAUAAUAAAAAUUGUGCUGCUUUGUAUUAA